AUGACAUACGAACACUCAACAUUUGUCCCUUAUGCGGUUGACAUCAGUCAAAAUUUUGCCGUAAUUGUAGGUUAUGUUGGAUUGAGACCAACUGUUUACUUGGUCUACUUCAAUUCGUGUGUGACAAAUAGUUUUCAGAUGUGCAUGACCGUUGCUGAUACAUUUAUGUACAACAGUUCAGAUAAUAGUACAAAUGCUAUGUCAGUUAAAAUUAAUCAUGUUGGUCAAGUGUUAUGGGGUAUUUCGUCAAUGAAUAAAGUUAUUUUGUUGGGUGUCAAUUAUUCUACACUUCACUUAAUAAGCACGAUUGUCAUCCGUGUAAAAGCAGUUACUUGGAUGGGAAAUAAUAAGGCUGCUGUUUUAGUUUUAUCUCAAGUUCUGCUUUAUCAAAUAACCAUCAACAACAAUUUUAUACAGCUUUCUACAUUUCCAAAUAGUUGGAAAACGCUUUGUUCAACCAUUAGUUCAAACUUCGUCACCAUUGUUUCGAAUGAUAAAAUCGGAUUAGCGAUACUCGAUGUCAACGGUUCCGUCUACGUCAUUCGACCAACAACAAUCGGUUAUUAUCCGGUGACGAAUACGGGCUGCGGUCAUGGAAUUAAUUUUGCCUAUUCGAACGAGAAAAAAUGUUUACCCGGUACCUAUCACAUGGAAACAUCUACUAAUCCAUGUGCUUUAUGUCCUCCAGGUACAUACAAUGGCGGUGAUAUGUAUAUUGCGUGUGCUCCGUGUAAUGCAUCAUCAUUUUGUCCUCUUGGAUCUGUUGCAAAUGUUGACGGUACUGCCAUGAACAACAUUGUUCAAGCUCUCGCUUAUCCUCAAUCACCGGAAAAUACUUUGUUCGAUGAUAUUUUGUUACAGAACAUGUUUCAGUUAAGUUUUCAGAAACACUGUUUACUUGUGUCUCCCUUGUUUUGGACUAUUUUGCUACUUGGUUUUGCGCUAUUGCUGCUCGUUAUGAUGGGUGCAUUAAAGUUUUUCCAUCGGUGUAAGAAUAUUCGAGAAACGAUUAAAUUUGUGUUCAAACAAACAGAUCUAAUUGGCGAAGGAGAAAUGUGGAUUGGAGGAGUAGUAUCCUUCUCGAUUGUUGUUCUGGUUUCAUUUGCCUACAUGUUUAGCAAUCUCUAUUUGAAACAAUAUCCUAUAGAAAGUGUCGGUGAUUCUACGUUUUCUUGUUCUCCGAAUUUGCGUAAUUCAAAAUUUAGUACACAAAUGCAACUGUUAGGUAUUCCGCUGAGUGAUGAUAUCCAACCGAUAUUCAAUAUGUUAGACGCACAACCAUAUAUUCUCAAUGUUGAUUUUGUCAACACAUUAUUUACCUGUCAUGAUCUAAUCAUUCAACAAACGGUCGGCACUGUUGUGCUUGUAAUCUCGCCUCAAACAUGCACUGUCACCAACGAGUCAGUAAUUUCUGUCUCUGUUUUACUCCCACUACAUACGAUCACGAUACAGUUGCUUUUGAAUGGAUUACUGACAGUUGGAGGUAUUCGUGUGGGACUUUCGGGACCUUCUGCUAGUAAUGAAGAAUACACUGUUCAACAACUCGGUUUCAUGCAGAGUUAUACAGUGUUAAAUCGAACAUUAUCUCAAAGUGCGACACUUUUGUUACAAUUUAUCCGAAUGAUAAAUGCUACAGAACCAUUAAGCGACGGCGAAAAAACGGUAUUUAGUGCAUUGUGGAUUCCUACAUUUUCUUAUGUAUCCGAUCAAUUGUUCCUCACCGAAGCACAAUACGUGGGCAACACUCGUAACAAUACAUUAUUAACUCUCCAACUGAGUGAAAAAGCGUAUUAUGUAAUCAAUACCCAAGCGCCAAUCGCAAAACAAUCUGAGGUGAUCUUUCACGCAAUUCUGUUCACUGUCGUUUGUCUCGAACUAUUUGGUCUCGUGUUUCUCAUAUUUAAGCUAGUACUCUUACCUUUUUUCAAAUUUAUGGUCGCUAAAAUUGAAGCAAAAUUACAUCAUCGAGUUGCGCACAUGGAUGAUACUAAGAAAAGUUAUUUGGAGUCACCAGAAUUAUGA